AUGCCGAAGGAGGAGUGUAAGUUAUCUUCAGGCUGUAAACAUAAAGAGCGGAAACCCAAGAAGCCGCAUUACAUCCCGCGUCCCUUCGGGAAACCUUACAACUACAAGUGCUUCCAGUGUCCCUUCACCUGCAUGGAGAAAUCCCACCUGUACAACCACAUGAAGUACAGUUUGUGUAAAAACUCACUCUCCCUGCUCAUCGAGUCUGACUGGCCCUAUAAAAAAGGGAAUCUGCUCCCAUCCGAGCAGCUCCGCAUGCAGCAGGGCAUUGUGGGAAGUCAUGGUUCGGAUCAGGGGCAGGAGCAGGUAAAGCAGAAGGCAGGAGACGAGCUGCAGCUCAGCUUCACCGAUGAACAGGAGAUGGAGUUGGAGAAAGACGCGGACGCUCGAGCGGAGUCGAAGGGGUCGGCCAAUCAGAGCUCGGAGCAGACGGAGGUGUCUCCGAGGGGUGGGGCCAAGCAGGAAGCUGAGCUUAUCAUGGCAGAUGUGUUUUCGCUGGAGGAGCAGCUGUUACGAGCGCGCUCAGUGGAGGUUGAAUCAAAGCUGCGUCACUACCGGCUCUCCAAAACACGCAUGCUCCUCUCUGAGUCAUUGCCCUGUUACCCCUCCACAUUACCCCCUGGGCACCUCAACUGCCCUGAUGCCCCACCCCUCAACCUCUCUCUGCUUGGGGUUGGAUACCCUUUGACCUCUGAGCUCUUUUCCUAUCUUAACCCUGGCCUCGGCACUGCAACGACGUCUAAUCCAGCGCAGGUCAGCUCUUUACCUUUUUUAGCUUCAGCAGCUCAGCUCACACACACUCACACACACUCUGACCGCUCAGUACUGCCCCCACGCUUCUAUUACCCCUUCCUGUGCGAACACAUGGCAGCAUCAGACCCCGGUAAAGCGGCUAAACCCGCUGCCCUUAACCCCAAACUCAAUCUGUGGAAGUUCCCAACACUCCGGCCUGCAGACUCGAAUGAAGCCUGGAGCUCGUCUGGCAGCCUGAGCCCAGAGACAGGGCCUGGCACCGGGGAGCGAGCUCAGAGCCGAUGGGGGGUCGAGCAAAGCGCAAAAAGGGUGACGGCUUCUCUGGACUCCCAUAAUUCACCUGCUGAAAAAAAGGGACCAUCAUUCCUGCUCAAUCAGGCCAUGCCCAUUUCUGUUGACAGACUCCUCCUACACAGCAGUCUCAGCAGUCGAACCGGAUUGGAUGAGCACCAUGCAGACAUAAGAAGCUCCGCCCACUUCUCUGAGGUAGGAGACGAGAAGGACAGAGGGACGGAUAGAGAGACGGAUGGAGGGAUGGAAGGAGAGAUAGUAUGUGAUCUUUCCUCUGCGCUGCAGGAGCUCCACCGUGCCGAGCGGGAGGUGGAGCUACACCCAGAACACGCCCACUCUAACCACAUGUGGGCACAAAAGAUCCGCAAAAUCCGCCUGGAGCUGUCUCACCUCCAUCAGGCGCUGCAGAGGACUGCUCAGGGACCCCUCGACCUGUCCGUCAAAAAGGAGCCUGUCGCCAUGACGACCACACCUCUGGGUGACAAUCAGGAAAUGAAACAGCAUUCAGGACUGAGCCAGGAUAUGAGUUCUGAAACAGGAGAAGAAGAGGAAGAGGAAGCAGAGACAGAGGACGAGUGGAAGAAACGAUCCCUCGACAUCCUGAUCAGGAUGGGCCAGUCCCAGGGUGUUGCCAUGGUGAAGUCCGAGCCAUUGCUGGGUGAUGUAGAGGCGCUGUGGAAUAGCAGGACCAGGAAAUGUGAAGCAGACUCCAGUGUUCGGGUGUGUUCAAAACCCCCAAACUGCCCCUCGAGCCCAAUAACUGCUCCUGCAGUACAAUAA